ACCCGCCCCCGAAGACAUGCUUGUGAUUUCUGAGUAGCCCACGUCUGGACUCUUGGAUACUGUAGCGCGCACAUCGCAGAGAGAGGGAGGGGAGAAAGAGGGAGAGCUCCGCUUAUUGGUGCCUGAACCUGUACGCCAUCGAAUAUUUUGAUUUUUACAGCUCUGAUUAUUAAUAAUAUUGCAUGUAUGUUGAAAUUUGAUUGCUGUUAAUUCAACCAAAAUGAGCAAUAGCUCUCGGGAGGAUUCUCCAGACUGGCUCCGUUCUUUCCAGGCCCCAGCUCUGACAUUGUCAUCUGACUCAGCGUCAUCGCCUAAGGCCAGUCCUUAUAGGGAUGAUACGGUUCAUUCUCAAUCGUCAAAGGAAGGCAACGAUCUUGUUGGUCCAACUACUGCUGAUGCUCCAUCCAAUAAGAUUUCCAAACCAAAAGGGGGAGCUAAGAAGAAGAAAAGAAAAGGGGAUGGGGGUGAUGGACAAGAUGUUGAGGAUGGCACAUUUGCGAAUCACACAAAAGAACCUCAUGCAUCAAACCAUUCAGUUUGGGCAUUAUCAUCGGACUCUGAGUCUUGUCCUGAUAAUAGCCCUGCAAGGGAUUCCAGAAAAAAUAAAAUUGAAGAGAGCAGAAACAAUGAGGAUCUUGUUCUUAUGCACAGCAGAGAAGUGUCUCCUGUAAAAAAGGCCUCAAAAAGUAAAUCUCCGAAGAAACUUUCAAAAGCAGAGGGUCGCACUCCAAAGAAUGGGAAGAAUGGAAAUGACAACUUGCAAAGCAAAGUUACAGGAAACUAUGGGGAUGCGGAAAUCACUGAGGAAGACACAUCUGAGAAGCAUAUGAAUGCUCAUGUGUCUACAUCAAGGUUACCAUUGGUACUCUCUGAGAAAGUCCAGCGCUCUAAGGCACUUGUUGAGUGUGAAGGUGAAUCCAUAGAUCUAAGCGGCGAUAUGGGGGCUGUUGGGCGGGUAGUGGUUCCAGAUACCCCAUCUGGGAAUUCUGAAAUGUACCUAGACUUAAAAGGCACAAUAUACAGAACAACAAUAGUUCCUUCCAGAACCUUUUGCAUUGUUAGCUUUGGUCAAUCAGAGGCAAAGAUAGAGGCUAUUAUGAAUGACUUCAUUCAGCUAAAAACACAGUCUAAUGUUUACGAAGCUGAAACUAUGGUUGAAGGAACGCUUGAGGGUUUUUCUUUCGAUUCUGAAGAUGAGACUGACAAGAUAACAAAGGCUACUGCACUUCAAACUGAUCAGAAUGAGGGUUUUGAAGAACCAGCCAAUGGAAAAACUAAGAGAAAACCUGUGAAAUCAUCUGGAGUGGCUCGAAAGAAAGGUAAAACUGCAGUAGGAAAGCCGCAGCCAGUAAAGAAAGUAAGAAAGAAGACCCAAGUAUCGAAGAAAGCCAAGACUAAAAAAUAAGAGACUUGCGUGCAAUAUUUUUAUCAUAUAUAUUGCAUAAACCAUGAACAAUGACCAUAUAUAACCUAGCUGAUUAAGGUUGGUAUAGAAAUUACCAUUAGAUUAGGUUUUUUUUACUUGCUGGAAUUUAAUCAAUGUAGCUUAUGAAUCUUAUUUUGGAAGAAGGUUAUUUUACAUUUGUUUAUGUUUUUCAUACCAA